CCAUCCAUUCGCAAUGAUAAGAAGUACGCACUGGUCGGGCUCUCACAACACGAAAGCCCAGGCGCGAUAAUCGAGACGGCAAAAGCCUAGGCCUAGACGGGAGCAGGUUUACUGUCGGUGACGUUAUAGGGGGCGGCGCAGUCGGUUGCAGUCGGUCGGCCGAUUUCGUGGCGAGCAAGACCCGACGGUGGUCGAUGUAUCGUGCGUGGAGCAAGGCCGCGUUAUAACCGCGCUACCAUCGGCGAGAUCAACGACGGUACAGCGAUGCGUUAGUUGCGCGCGCGUACGAUGUCGGGCGAUAUCGCUCGAUUCGAGAUCGAGCCGGCUGCCUCCGACCCGCUAGUCUCGGACGCCGUCUCCACGCUACAAGCCACCAAGCAAACGGCGGAAAGCGUGGCUCAAGAUGCCGUCGACCAAACAGGAUUUGGCAAAUUUAACCUUAAGGUUAUGGCCGUCUGCAGUAUGAUCUUUAUGAACGUAGCAUUCAGCAUAACGAGCAUCGGAUUUAUAUUACCAUCUGCAGCAUGCGACUUCAGAAUGACCACGAUGGACAAAGGACGUCUGAGUGCUGCCCCCAUGUUAGGUAUGUUAGCCGGUUCGUAUAUAUGGGGUUGUUAUGCGGCUAUCAAAGGUCGAAGAAUGUCUUUAUUGGUGGCGUUGUUUCUACACGGUGUCUCCGAAUUAUUAGCAUCGGUGGUGCCACUUUAUUGGGUCUUCUUGUUCUUGAAAUUUCUAAGCGGUGCAGCUAUGAAUGGACAAUCAGCCGUUGUUUUUUUGUAUCUGGGUGAAUUUCAACCAACCAAAUAUCGGGAUAAGAUGCUCUCGUGGAUGGAAAUGGCUUGGGUGAUAGGAAUGAUCAUUUUAGCAGGUGUCGGUUGGAUUAUUAUUCCACUGAACGUGAACUUCAUGACGGCCGGUUUCUUUUUCCACUCCUGGAAUCUUUUUGUUUUCAUAUGUUCCCUCCCAGCCUUGUUAACUGGAACCUGGUUGCUAUUUUUCCCUGAAACACCUAAGUAUCUCGCAGAAACCGGGCACAACGUUCAAAUGUUGAAUGUUUUAAUGAGAAUGUACUCAGAAAACAGUGGAGAACCUCCCAAAGAAUAUAUAACCAAGCUCCGAAAUUGCGAGAAUAAUAAUUUAAACGAUUUGGUGCAUCGCAUACUGCAUACUAAAGAGAGAGAAGAUGUAAGCGAGAAGUCGUUCGAGCUAAUGAUAAAAGACAUAUACACGAAGACCAUGAUGAUACUAAAGCCGCCGUUCCUUUGUAGAACGAUCGUUGUGUGUUUGAUCGCUUGUUUCGUCACUUCCUCUUAUUACACGCUGACUUUAUGGCUGCCAGAACUCUUUCAUAGAUACGCAGACUUUCAGGAGGCGUUUCCCAAUCAGACGGCAAGCGUUUGCACUUUGAAGAGCGCGAAAAAUGUUACAGAUAUAGAUAUGUCGGAUGAUCCGUUUGGUUGCAACUCCAGAGUACAAACUAGCGUGUUCGUGCAUACGUUUAUUUUGGGUGCCUCGUGUAUUCCAACAGGUCUGAUAUUGCCAUUACUCGUAAACUACGUGGGGUAUAAAUUUUUCCUCGUGAUAACAGCCUUUAUUCCCGCUAUUGUGACGGCUUGUCUCUUCCUGGUGGAAACAUCCAUCCAAAACUUGAUACUUUCAUGCGCGUAUGAAUCCGUCACAUCCGUUUGUUUGAGCGUGGUAUACUGCCUUUUGGUGGACCUCUAUCCAACACAUUUAAGGGCAAUGGCGUCCGGCCUGUCUGCAUUCAUCAGUCGAAUAGGUGCUAUUAGUGGUACUCUAAUGAUCGGAUACUUGAUAGACGAUUACUGUACAUUGGUAAUCGUCAUUGUGGCUGCUCAAUUGUUUCUGAGUGGUUUGCUUGCCCUGUUCACGCCUGGAAGAAAGAAAUCAAAAGCAGAUAUCGAGAAAUCUUAACGAUAGUACGGAU